AUGGAAACGUGCGUUUCUUUAACAAAUGCUUAUGAUAAAUCCCUUUUUUCUCCCAUAGGAGAUGGCAAGAGUUUCACCUCUCUGGAUGGGUUGAGGUCACACAUCAACACAAGCCACCUGCCCAAGAGGCAUGAAUGCCAGGACUGUGCGUAUAAAACUAACUGUGCUAGCCAUCUAAAGCGCCACAGGGACAGGUGGCACGGCGGCUCUACUCAAGAUCUAAAGAAAUGGAGACAUGAACAAUGAACAAUCGGCACAUUUGAGAUGUGUAUAUUGUCAUCGGAGAAUAAUUGUUCAUGUUUGCAUUUCUUUGCCUUUUAGGAGCUGUUUACAUGGAGGGAGGAAGAUCUUGGCACUAGAAUGAGCCUAGAAAGCGGAUCAUCCUAGUGUAGUAUGGUUUCUGUAAUCAGUUUGCAUGCCAAAAGUUGUACUUGACCCUAGCACUAGGAUCGUCCCAGCCGAGAGAUUGGAAGAUCCUAGCACACUGCCUUUGCUGGAAAGAUUCUAGUACUAAAGACAAACAGAAAAAAAAAGGUGGCAGGUCGUUCCGCGGGUUAUCUUUUGUCGUUUUCCUUCUCUUCUGUUAACCACAGGGUCCACAAUUUGUGCAUGUAAGGUUCUUUCUCUCUCUCUAUGAUCUUCCGGGCGCUUGCUAGGAUCUUUCUCCCUCCAUGUAAGAACCUCCUAACUAAGUUUAGGUCUAACUUUAGGGUGAUUUCCAUUAUGCCAAAGUUUCUUGAAAUUUCGGCAGGUACCACAGUGGAACGGUUCGGCCCAGGUGCAAAUUUUGCGCUGUUUUGUGGUUCAUCUGAUUCCAAAAAUUAUUGUGUCCAGUCCUACUUUGCUAAGCAGUAGAGCCAAUCUCGGUCAAAAUGUAAAUCGCUUGAUUCGACAGCAAACUUUGUCGUUCCAUUUUCUCUUGAUAACUCCACUGGUUUUUAACUGGUUGAUUUGGCAAAAUGGAAAGCACCCUUAAUAAAGAGCAAAACUCACCAGGUCAUGCGCCAGCACCGUGCAUCUUUCAAAUUUCUUCUAAGAUACGAAAGAAUGAGUGGAUUGUUCAGUCAAAUGUAAAUAAUGUAAAUAAUUUUUUAUUCAAAAUAAGCAGUAUAGAAAAGCAUUGUUGUACAAUACAAGGUGCUAUGUCUCGAGCUAUGAUAGGUCUGGAAUGAGCAAUCUCAGUUUUCAACUUUCUGAUUAAGAUGCAUGAAGUUAGAAACCCCAAUUAACAUAAAAAACCUCUUUCAUCAUGGUCAAUGUUUGAGAAGCCACACUGCUUUCAACCAGUAAUGAGCUGGAACAUAUUUUUUCGUCAGUUAAAUAACAGGCAGGGUACGCAGUAAUGGUUCCAAUUAUUUGGGCUGCCAUUCUCCAACCCAUUGUUACUGUACUUUCACAACUGUGAGAUAUCUUCCAAACCAUUCACAUUCCUUAUGUCUUCAUGUUACACAUAUUGUAAUGGGACAUGUGUUAAACAUGAGAAUAAAUUCCAAUUGCCAUAGCAGAUCGACACAGAGAUUUUCCAUGGAGGCAAAGAUCAAUGAAUUGUGUUCCCUGGAAUAUUCCCAAAUCAUUAACCUGGAAGAAAGAGAAAUGUGACGUUGAUAGAUGUGAAUGGCUAAUGUCGGAUGAUACCUCUAUUCAAACAGAUCACAGUUGAAAUUCCAUUUUGCAGGAUUUACCAAUUUUUGCAGUCAGCACACAAUUAUCUGCAUCCAAUCAAGUAUAGUUUGUUCCACGAGUGAAGAGUUCUAAUGCAACUUUUUGUCUUUGACAGGGUUUUGCGACAAGAUUCGUUGCAAAUGCUGCCAUGGAAAAUGGCAGACGUUUUACAGACGAUCAGGUCGAUCAACUGCGAAGGCUGGGGGGGUGGUUGCCCAAGAGUGCGAUUGUGCACUUAUAUAUUAAAAAAAUCAUCGAGGAAUAUUCGGACACUCUGGCAUUGAUAACUCCAGGUAGGCAUGGCCUGAUAUCUAUCACUUUUAACUUCACAGUCCAGCAUUUGUCAGAUUGAUAAGUCACAGCAAUCUUGUACUCUUUUAAGCUCUUCAAAUGUCAGGACCUUUUCUAUGACUUUAGAAGCUGUCACUGUAAAUUUUUCUCAAAACUUUCCUUUUGUUAUGGGUUUCCUUUUUAACGUAGAUCAGUCAAACAAACACAAGCUCUGUUUUUCAAUAAGAUUGGUGCCAUGAUUACUCAUCUCUAUCAUGCAUGUAAUUUCCUUCCUUUGACAUCUACAGUAUCUAAUCUCUAUAACAGAAUUCUCAUUUAGCAAGAGCUUCCAUGGUGGUCAAUCCAAUUCCUUGACUAUCCAGGCCUUGCAAAUGAACUUCUUUGACUUUCCAGCUUUUCCAUGACCUGUAAAAACCCUGAGAAAUGAAAAUUUUCUCCUGCGCCUUGUGCAUAUCUUUGCCCAAAAAUAAACGUCUUCAGUAGCUAGAGUAGAGCUAUCAUAUGAUAAGAUGUAACAUAAUGGAUUUCAACUUUUAAUUGCAGGCCUACGAAUAGAAGAAGAAGGACUCACAAGGCUGGGGAAUAUGCCAACUCCUUACAAUUUCCGUCUUGAGCCCCCUCAAAAAAACAUCAGAACUCAACAGGGAGCAGAAGCAUUAUUCCCUGAGGAAUAUGAGAAAUUCCUCAGGGAAUAUGAACCGCUUCAAAAACUGCAAGGUAACCUUUCAUAAUUCUUGCAACCAGUUAACAAGACAUGUUUCAUGACAAUCGAUGAAAACCCUGUUUACUUUCCCACCCAAAUGUCAUAAAUGCUGCUUCUUGAGAUUUAGAGACUAAUCUACGUAGGUUUCCCUGCAGCUGAAGAUCCAACGAACAAGGCCACACAGGUAUUUUGCCGCAGAAAAAAUGACCAGCAGCACGAGGAAAGGAAAAGGCAACCUGCUACUCCUCCCAAACCGGUAACUUGUAAAGAUGUUGUUGCUAUUACAUAUUAACUAAUAUGGUUAAUUAAAGAGGUAUCAUCCGGCAUUAGCCAUUCACAUCUAUCAAUGUCACAUUUCUCUUUCUUCAAUACAACUACAACUAUACAACUAUUCAUUGAUCUUUGCCUCCACGGAAAAUCUCUGUGUCAAUCUGCUAUGGCAAUUGGAAUUUAUUCACACGUUUAACAAAUGUCCCAUUACAUUAUGUGUAACAUGAAUACAUAAGGAAUGUGAGUGGUUUGGAAGAUAUCUCACAGUUGUGAAAGUACAGUGGCAACGGUUGGAGAAUGGCAGCUCAAAUAAUUGGAACCAUUACUGCGUACCCUGCCUGUUAUUUAACUGACGAAAAUAUAUGAUCCAGCUCAUUACUGGUUGAAAACAAUAUGGUUUGUCAUACAUUGACAAUGAUGAAAGAGGUUUUUUUUGGUAAUUGGGGGUUCUAACUUCAUGUAUCUUAAUCAGAAAGUUGACAACUGAGAUUGCUCAUUCCAGACCUAUCAUAGCUCGAGACAUAGCACCCCGUAUUGUACAACAAUGCUUUGUGCAAUUCCUUAAUGGAGGUUGCUGCAACCUACUUACCGAUCUGUAAGAUCUGUGGGAGAAUUCUUUCGGAUUUAGGCCAACUUUACCGAUGCUCGAACUGACCAUUUUUGACAGCUGUAUUGUGGUGAGUGAUUUGUUCUGAAAUUAUUACAAAAUUAAGAAUGUUAGACACUUGUUUAUUUUCAAAUACCAACGUUUUUCUCCGCUUCAUUUGAUUCUAAUCCAUGACAUGCAAGAGUGUUGCCUUAAAUGAGCUGACAUGAACAUCCUGUUCCUAGCCAUUUUGGUUUGCCAUGAUCUUUUUCUCGGGCUGUAUACAGCAGACGAUAUUGAAAUUCAGUGCGAGUUGGUUACAUUUGCACCAAUCAGAAAAGGAGAAAUGUGUUCAAUAUUAAUAAUGAGGUUAGUCUGUGGUUUCUAGCCUCCAAACACAGUGAUGCAAAUUCACCUGCAUGCAAGUAAAAGAUCAACAGAACAUAACAUGCAGCUACACACCUUCAGUGUUUGUGUAGACGUGUCUACCUGCGCAAAUAAUGGCCAAUUUUUGGCCUUGUCUUUAUAGACAAAAUUUUUCGUUGUCCAUGCCUCAAUGGCAGUUUCCAUGAAGGCACCCCGUCUUGCAACAUGCAAAAACCCAAGGAUGAAAGGGCAGUAGAGGCUACCCGGUUGUUUUGGAGUGACCACGAAUGUGCAUCUGUAGAGAAAAUCAUAUGUCCAGUUGAGCAAAGAGAAAUAUCAUUUCCUUUAUUAUUAUAAACUGGUUUUUGUAUCGGUUUUUUUCAUACGUGUUGGAACAAAAACACUCGCACAUACCUGUUCUGUUCUUGAAUCAGAGCAAAGUCAGAUGGAAGUUGUUCAGAAAACGAUGUUUAGUAAUGCUUCCAAAAUGCGCGAAAGCCAAAACCGCCGAGUCCUGGUGCUAGGGACCUUGAAACAAAGGUUGUGCGGGGUGGUGGGGGGUUGUGCAAACCUUAAAUAAAAAGUUAUAAAAAUGUACUUUUAAACAAGUAUACAUUGCACUCGCUGUAUGCUAUGCAAUAUCUGACAUUCUAUAGUUUUCCUUUACUUGAGGGAAGCAGAGCUAGAGGGGUGGUCAUCCUGCCAUACUUUAAUAACUUCUUUCUGGUUGAUGCCUAAAAGAUGACGGGACGAAAACUGAACCUGUACAGGGCUUGAUCCUCAGACAACUUAUGGUCUGCAUUUGAGGGCGCACCUCAUUUAGGAGGGAAGAUUCCUUAAUACAAUUAUAUUAGUCUAACAAAGAAAAAUUACAAGCUAUAUUAAGUAAUGUAUUUAAAAGAUAUAAGUAACAAAAAUUGUUGCAUUACCAAAUUAUUCUUUAAGCUAAUUUAAUUUAAGUUUAUUUAAUUACGAUCUUGCUUCGUAGCAAGUUCAGCUUUAACUCGCUUUAAAAUCCGUCAUUGUUCAAAGUAUGGUAAAAAUUAUCUUUGACCUGUUCAAAAGUAGAUGAAAGGAGAUUUCGUUCUAUUAAUAGUAGUUGACAUUGAAUCUCAAAAUAAUAGAUUGUGCUCAUAGGUGGCUUGCAAAUUUUAUAGUGUCAUCCUUUUCAGUCGGUGUUGUUUCCAGGACAAACCCGGGGGUUCAGUAAUCAUUGAUAAAGAGGUUUUAAAAGGCUUGUGGAAAGUGCACUUAGCUUAUCCGGCUAGUUUACAGGCACCCCACUCAAAUACUCGGAAACAAAUAAUUCAAUUAAAUUGGGUCAAUGACAAUGUGUGGGUCAACUGAACAGAAACAGGAGCUCUUCUUCUUUUUCCUGUGGAUUUCUUUAAUGAGACUUAUCUUGUAUAUCUUGUAAACCGUUGUUAGCUUCGAUUGAACAAAAUACCAUAAUUAUUUGUUGAUGUGGUGAAGGAUUCCCUCAGACAGGACAUACCGUCAGAUGGAGUUUACCUGUACCGGGAAUGCAUUUUACUUCCGGAAUGGUGCUUUAGGGGGUUUGGGUGAGGAAGUUAGUAAAUUGGAGGUUGGACACUAGAUGUCUUUAGAAAAAUAUACCCCGUGCUUUGUCUUGACUGAUCUUUUGUAGGAGGUUUGGAGAAGGCCAUAAAGCUGGAAAUUCAUAGAAGGUAUUAUAUAAAGGAUCCCCAUGCCAUGUGCAAUAUACUGAAAUGACUUUUUAGUCUGCUCACAAAUGGAACAAAGUCCAUCUCUGGGGAGUUUGACAGUACAUUGUAUAUCGAAAAAUGACUGUUUGAUUUAAAACAACCAGUCAUGAUUGCAGGCUUGACUGUUUCGUUACCAUCUAACAAAGACGGUGAAUAACUGAAAGCCCAAUGUGCCUCGAUAUACAUCUUCCCAAAUUUGAACUGCCAACUGAUUAAGCUAUAGAGCCUCCUAUGUUGUUUUCAAAGGGUAUCGCUGUUGUAGUAUCAAGUAUACUUGUAUGUGACAAACAACUUUUCAUUACUCAUGCGAAGAGGGAAGUGGAGCAAGCGAGAAAUGACCUUCGUUCCGACUUUAUUUGA